GUUUCGGAGGCUUCGGGCUCGGCACCUCCCCUCCAGCGGCGUUCUCGCGUGCGGGACCGGGCGCACUCUCGUGGCCAUGGCCAUGAGUGCGUUGGACGAAGCAACUCGGGAGGUAUCCGUUUUGUUGCAGAAACAUGCUCAAGAGCUGGAGUUGGUGUUUCAGCGCCUUCAAAGCCGCUUGAAGUGUGAGGACCCGGAUGCCACGCCGAGGGAGUCCUCGUGCUUGCUGACGCGUUUGUCGGGUGUUCGGAGCAGCUCCAAGGGCCCGCAGUUGCCAGAGGAAGUUCCACCAAAGGUGGCCUUCCCAGCAGAAGAGCUUCCAGGUGCUAUUGCGGAGGAGGACAAGGAACAGGAACAGUUGACCGCGGUGAUGCCCUUGGAGUCUCCCCGCAGCUGUGGCACCUCUGUCUCAGGUGACGAGCCGGACUCACGGGAAGCCUCGCCGAGGCGUGAGGAUGUCUCCUAUGCUAGGACGAAGACGCAGAUUCAACGCAAGAAGAUCAUCAAGAGCCAAGAUGAGCAUUCCACCUACCAGUCUUGGACGCAGCGCGUGGUCUAUAGCUCCUGCUACGAGUUGUACAGUGCCCUUUUGAUCCUACUGAAUGCCAUCUUUGUGGGUUGGCAGACCGAAUACGCGGCCUCCACGGUGCGGCAACCCGCGUCGCAGGAUGGCUUCGAGCCCACGUUCUUCUUCGUAGCGCAGAUCGUGUUCUUCUUGGCUUUCUUCAUGGAUUUGGCUCUCCGCUGGGUGGCUGAUGGCCUCAUCUACUUUGUUUGCAAUGAGGAGAUGUAUUGGAACGUCUUGGACAUUUUCGUGGUGGCUUUCAACCUAAUUGAGGUCAUCACGGAAACCAUGAUGUUCUCCGGGUCGGAGAGUGCGGUGCUGAUGACCAACUUCACGGUGGUUCGCAUGAUCCGCGUGCUGCGGGUGGUUCGGAUCGCCAGAGUGAUCCGAGUCUUGAAGGCCGACUCAGGGCUGGCGUGGGCGGCACUGGGGGCGGCACUGGGGAGCACAGGGCGGCCAGGUUGAGGAGGAGUCUAGCCCCGG